AUGGCUGUCUGGUCAAUAUCAACCCAUGAAGCCAUGAAGAUGUCAGCAGAACGGGACUUGCUCCAGGGUAUUAUUAUUGAUUUUAUUGCACUUAGUUACGUCGCUGAUGUUGUUGGUGCUGCUCAGGAAUUUUGCAAGGUAACGUCAGUUAUCGGGAUUCAGGAACAGCAGAGUUGGAAGCCGAGAAGAAAUGCGGUUCGCGCUCGCACCGACAGCCAAUCCGGAGUCAGAGGCCAACGUCACCAAAUACGAACAACAACCUGGGAGUCACACCAACUCACCAGCCCUAACAAGGUGCCACUGAAACCAAGCAACAAUCCUCCCUCUUCCCAGUAUUAUUACUUUCUCUUUGCCGGGCUUGCUCACCUACAGUGCCAUGACGUUUCCUGUUCUUGGGUGCCUCAUUAG